UCUCCAUGUUCCAAGUCUCCCUUUUGGAUUGACUCACACUCCCACUUAUCUCUCCACCACAACCGAACAUGAUCAAUCCCCAUUUAAUUCAACACAUCCAUUCAUAAUUUCCCCAAAACUAGAUAUAACUCUGAAAAAAUUACUUCUUGAAACCUGCUAAAAAUGGCAAAUUGCAAUGUAUUUUGCAGUUCAAUCAACCCAACAGCAACACUCCACUCAAAAACCCACCUCCCAAUUGAAUUCCUCCACUCAAUCCACUCCAAACACCACCAAUUUAGAAGUGGGUCGUCGUCGUCGUCGUCGCUGUUCAAGAAACUCGGUGUUUCUUCAAACGUUAAAGCUGUACUGGCAGAAUCGCCACCACAAGCGGCGGAGCGAGGUGGUGAGAAGAAGAAGAACGUAAGAGUAUUGGUGGCGGGAGGUGGAAUUGGCGGGUUGGUGUUUGCGUUAGCUGCAAAGAGAAAAGGGUUCGAAGUUGUGGUUUUUGAGAGAGAUCUGAGUGCGAUUAGAGGUGAAGGACAGUAUCGAGGUCCGAUUCAGAUUCAGAGUAACGCUUUAGCUGCUUUAGAAGCAAUUGAUUUUGGUGUUGCUGAUGAAGUUAUGAAAGCUGGUUGCAUCACUGGUCAACGAAUUAACGGAUUAGUUGACGGCGUUUCUGGUAAUUGGUAUUGCAAGUUUGAUACUUUCACUCCUGCAGUAGAAAGGGGUCUUCCAGUUACUAGAGUUAUAAGUCGAAUGACAUUACAAAAGAUUCUAGCAGAUGCUGUUGGGGAAGAAAUUAUAUUAAAUGGUAGCAAUGUAGUCGACUUUGAGGACGAUGGUGAAAAAGUUUCUGUGACACUUGAAAGUGGAGAACGUUUCGAAGGUGAUCUUUUAGUUGGUGCUGAUGGAAUAUGGUCAAAGGUACGGAAGAAUUUGUUUGGGCCAAAGGAUGUGACAUACUCGGGCUACACUUGUUACACUGGGAUAGCUGAUUUUAUUCCCCCGGAUAUCGACACCGUUGGGUAUCGGGUGUUCUUGGGGCACAAACAAUACUUUGUUUCUUCUGAUGUUGGGGGUGGAAAAAUGCAAUGGUAUGCAUUUCACAACGAACCAGCCGGCGGUUCCGAUAAACCUAAUGGUAAAAAGGAGCGAUUACUUGAAAUCUUUGGAGGUUGGUGUGAUAAUGUGGUUGAUUUGUUGCUUGCGACGGAUGAAGAAGCGAUUUUAAGGAGAGAUAUAUUUGACCGUACCCCAAAGUUUACAUGGGGAAGGGGUCGUGUCACCCUGCUUGGAGACUCGGUCCAUGCAAUGCAACCUAACUUGGGUCAAGGAGGUUGCAUGGCAAUUGAGGAUAGUUAUCAACUAGCCCUUGAGCUUGAUAAAGCUUGGAGUCGAAGCAUCGAGUCAGGAGCUCGUGUAGAUAUCGCCACUUCUCUAAGGAGAUAUGAAGAUGCAAGAAGACUACGUGUUGCAGUUAUACAUGGAUUAGCAAGAAUGGCUGCAAUAAUGGCAUCAACUUACAAAGCUUACUUAGGCGUUGGACUUGGUCCACUAUCAUUUUUAACAAAUUUCAGAAUCCCACAUCCGGGACGUGUUGGUGGACGAUUUUUCAUUACUAUUGGAAUGCCAUUGAUGCUUAGUUGGGUUCUUGGUGGAAAUGGGGCAAAUCUUGAAGGGAGACCCCAGCAGUGUAGACUCACUGAUAAAGCAAAUGAUGAGCUUCAAAACUGGUUUAGAGAUGAUGAUGCUAUAGAACGCAUUCUUGGUGGCGAAUGGUUUUUGCUUCCUGUUGGAAGUCAAAAUGUGGGUUCUGACCCAAUUUCAUUAAGCCGUGAUGAGAAAAAACCGUGUAUAGUUGGGAGUGUACCUCACACGAGUAUACCUGGAAAUUCAAUAGUCAUCUCUUCACCAGAGAUUUCAAAAUUGCAUGCUCGAAUAAGUUGCAAGGAUGGUGCCUUUUUUGUGACUGACUUAAGGAGUGAACAUGGUACCUAUAUCACCGACAAUGAAGAUAGGCGAUAUCGUGUGCCUCCAAACUUCCCUGCUCGCUUUCAUCCAUCUGAUGUUCUUGAGUUUGGUCCAAAUAAAAAGGUGGCAUUUCGGGUAAAGGUGAUGAGAGAGCCACCAAAGAUGUCCAAGGAGGGAGAGAAUCGAAUUCUCCAGACAGUAUGAGAAUUUGUAGACACGAAAAAUACGUUUUUUUCCAGUUAUUAUACAAUGUGAAAAUUGUACAGAAUUUAGCAGUAAACAGAAGAACACAGAAAAGGGCUGGAGAUUUUUGCCACCUUUUUUGAAUUUGUAGCAAGUUAUGGAGUAUGGUUAUGUAUAGAUACAUAUGAAGGUGCUACAAGAAAUGAAAGCCAUUUUUGCUAUGGAUCAUGUGAUCCAUAUAUAUA